GCGCACUAUUGAGGGUCGCCCGCAAUGUCGCUCUUGAAGCGCGUGACGGAAGAAGAGAUAGGUCCAAAUGCUUCAACGGACCUCGCCGUCUGGCUCUUCUUCCAGAUUGCUGCGGGACACAUCGCCCUGCCCAUCCUCACCGCCACGCUUCUCUUCGCCAAGACGGUGAGGAAGAUUCCGGCUCUCAUAGUCCUCUGCGUGACAUGGAUAGUAUCUGGAGUUUGCUCUACCAUUCUUUUCUACGUGGGCGAGCAUAAAGGCCCCGAACCUGGCAGAGGACUCUGCAUCGCGCAAGCGGCCUUACUUGAAGCCGUUCCUCCUAUGACGUGCACGGCACUCGUUGUACUCGCUUACCAUGUCCUGCGGACGUACGAUGACCCCGAUAUGGGCGUCCAAUUGCACCCUCGUACUCGCAAGGAGAUUAUUGGGCUGGUCUCACUAUGCAGCUUGCCUUUCGUCAUGUUCGGGCUUUUUGUCGCCAUCGGUGUCAAUAUCGCACUUCAACAUCCGGACAAGGUUAAUCGUGCUCAGCGAUACUUCUACUGUUCGCUAGACUGGCCAGCACUUUCCGACGCCGUCUCCGUCAUCGCCACACUUCUCUGCUUGGUCGCCUUAGGAAUUGAGAUCUAUGUUGUUGCAGCUACCACGAAGUGGUGGAGGCUCCUUCGCCGAGGUGGGCAUCUCACCGGCGAGGGCCUGACAUUCACAAUCCGUGUCGUGUUUUUCACAUGCUUCCUCUUCGCGUCCACGUUGAUUAAUCUCGUGUCUAUCUGGGCCCCUAUCGGUGCCUUGCCGGAUCUGCUCGCUGCCUCAGUCGGCAUGGCCCUUUUCCUGAUAUUUGUGUCUCAACCGGAGAUCUUAAGGGCUUGGGCCUUCUGGCGCAGGCGCACGAGUGGAGGCGAUGAACAUGGGCUGCCUCACGACAGCCUCACGCUGCACCACCAUCGCUUUGACGCCGGUGAGGGCGGUCUGCCCUCUCUGUCCUCGACGUACACCCUGGAUGCGGGACACAGCAAUCCAAUGCUCCCUCCGAGGGAUCGCUACGACUCCAAGCAGAGUACUAGCACCGUCCAAAUUAUUAAGCGGCCGGAGGAGGCUUUCACGAAGAUCCCGGAACGUACACAGAGGCAGAAGAAGAGAGAUACGAUCUCAACGUGGGGAUUUUAAUUAGCAUGCUGGGUUUCAGUUGGAAGGGUACCGGGACAUACAUUUUCGAGGAUCAAGUUUCCCUUUUUUGCCGUUUAUCAGUGGGAUGUAUCAUAGGACAUAGUGUACAUUAUACACUUAUACAUCAGAUGUGUGUAAAAUGUGGAUAGGUAUGUUUGGAGCGAAGAUCACGUCACAGGUAGCCCUUGGUAAAUGCCGGCACGACUGUUUCCAAUUCCGUUAAGAAUCCGCGUAUGUCAUGCCCCUCUGGCUGUAUAGCGCAGCCUGUCAAGCUCGGCAAGCGCCUCGUUUUCCUGGCGCACCCAGUCCUGCCCGCUGUAGAUGAUCCAUGUGACGAGUAGCGCCGCAGCCCACCACACUAUGUCGAACCAUGUGUGGCCCAGGGCAAGCGCGGCAAUUGGCGCAAUAGACGAAAGUCCGAACAGCACCGCAUACGGCAACGGGAGGACCUUUGCCGAGUUCGAGGCAAAAGCAAUGCGGACGCGGUGCCCCGCGGGGAGGAGCCGCAAACUGAGGUUGAGGUGUACGAAG